AAAUCAAACACCGGAAGUUGUUAUUCCGCAGAUCCAUGCUUGUUGAAAACACAACAGAGGCCAGCAGAUUUUUUGUUGUUGUUUUGUCUUCGGAGGAUGGCAGGGAGCACAGAGGCCCCGGAGCCCUGGUACCGAACCCUGCUCGGGUUUGCAGAACAUUUCCGCACAUCGAGCCCGCCGAAGAUCCGUCUGUGCGUGCACUGUCUGCAGGCAGUGUUUCAGUUCAAGCCGCCUCCAAGGGUCGAGGCCCGGACUCACCUGCAGCUGGGCUCGGUGCUGUACCGACACACAAAGACCAGCGAGCUGGCACAGACUCACCUGGAGACAGCGUGGUUCAUAUCACAGCAAAUCUCUCAAUUUGAAGAUGUGAAGUUUGAAGCAGCAAGUAUCCUGUCAGAGUUCUACUGUCAACAGAACUUGGUGGACUCUGCAAAACCAGUGUUGCGGAAGGCCAUCCAGAUUUCUCAGCAAACUCCCUACUGGCACUGCAGACUGCUUUCUCAGCUGACACAACUACACGCACUGGAGAAGGACUUGGUAUCUGCCUGUGAUCUCCUAGGGGUUGGAGCAGAGUAUGAGGUUGAGGUAAACACAUCAGAUUUCUGCAGAGCUCUGUUUGUACUCAGUAAAGGAAUGCUGCUGCUGAUGGAGCAGAAGCUGAGCGAGGUCCACCCUCUGUUGACCCUGUGUGGGACCAUCAUCGAAAACUGGCAGGGAAACCCUAUUCAGAAGGAGUCCCUCAGGGUUUUUUUCCUGGUGCUGCAGGUUACACACUACCAGGAUGCCGGACAGGUAAAGAGCGUGAAGCCAUGUCUGAAGCAGCUUCAGCAGUGUAUCCAGACCAUCUCCACUCUUACAAUGAUGCACUCCAUGCAGGUGGGAUAUUUGGAGAAGGCGCAGAAGUACACAGACCAAGCUCUCAUGCAGCUGGAGAAGCUGAAGAUGCUGAACAACAGUCCCAUCUUGUCCACGUUCCAAGUCAUCCUGCUGGAGCAUAUCAUCAUGUGCCGGCUGGUCACUGGACACAAAGCCACAGCUUUACAGGAGAUUUCUCAGGUUUGUCAGCUCUGCCAGCAGUCCCCCAGGCUGUUUACAAAUCAUGCUGCCCAGCUUCACACGCUACUGGGCCUCUACUGUAUCUCGGUGAACUGCAUGGAUAAUGCUGAGGCUCAGUUCACUGCUGCCCUACAGGUGAGUUUCAUGCAGUCACUAUGACAACCCACUGUGACUAACCUGGCCAGCGUCUACAUCCAGGAAGGCAACAGACAUCAAGAGCUUCAGCUGUACAGCGUUCUAGAGAGAAUUAAUCCUGAUCACAACUUUCCUGUCAGCUCUCAUUGUCUACGAGCUGCAGCUUUUUACAUCAGAGGGCUCCUGUCUUUCUUCCAAGGACGUUACAAUGAGGCCAAAAGAUUUUUAAGAGAGACCUUAAAGAUGUCUAAUGUUGAGGAUCUAAACAGACUGACUGCCUGCUCGCUAGUCCUACUGGGCCACAUCUUCUUUGUCCUGGGCAACCACGGGGAAAGUAACAAUAUGGUGGUUCCUGCCAUGCAGCUUACCAGCAAGAUCCCAGACAUGUCUGUGCAGCUCUGGUCCUCUGCACUUCUCAAAGAUCUGAACAAGGCUUGUGGAAACAACAUAUACGCCCACGAGGCGGCUCAGAUGCACCAGAACUUUUCCCAUCGGCUCCUGCAGGACCACAUCGCUGCCUGCAGCCUCCCUGAACACAAUCUCAUCAAUUGGACGGUCGGCCUCCCUACUGUGCAGUUUCAGCCUCAGAAUGGACCUACUACCAGCCUGGCCAGCCUGCUCUGAGAACAAAGACACAGAAGAGCAUUUGCAGGGAAAAGUGAUGUGAAAUGAUGAACAGAAAAAAGAAGAAGCAGCUAAUAAAAUGGUAGGAGGAAGGGGAGGGAUGAUAAUGAAAUUAGAAACUGCACUGUGUCAUUUGGCAGGCUUCCAUUCGGUGCAUUCCUUCACUUAUUUGGGGCACUGGGGCAUCAUGACUGGAUUUUAAGUAAUUGAAGUUUUCAGAAAAGCAGAAGGCAUCAUGGGCACAUUUUAUGUAUUACACUGACACACUUUGGAGUGUUUGUUUACCAGCUCAAAAAAAAACUUUGAUGAAAAGUGCAACAUGAUUAUUUACUUUAUUGGCGGGAGUUAUCAGAGAAGAUUGAUGCCACAUUCAUAUCUGAAUGGUAAGAAUGAAGCUACAGUCAGUUAUCUUAGCUUAGCACAAGGACUGAAAACAUUAAGGCUCCGUUGUUACCUUCUCAUCUAGAAAAUAAGCACAUUUCUCAAAAUGUCCGAAUCACCGUUAAACAGCACCUGUGGAGUUUUCUUGUACACAAACAAAAGUUAUGUUUAUGCUCAGUGUUACUCACCAAAACACACUGAGUGUGACGUGUCAAGUACUUCCUCAUUAAAAACACUUGCAAUGCUGAUUUUUAAAUCCGGCCCUCUUUACAUCCGUGUUUACUAGCUCACAGUUGUUGUCCGCCUUAGCUGGCGCAUAUCUUGGCGUUGCACCUGUUGAUCAGUGGAAUAGUGUGACACUGUUGGUGCAUGUGUGCUCUCGUGUACGUACUUGUGAUAGACAAAUUAGGGGGCCAACUCACAGAAAAACAUCUUCGUAGCACUACUAUAGGUCUAAAACUCAAAAAUUGAUUCAUCCUACUAAUUUAGCUGAUAACACUUUCUUCCUCUAUGGCAUUUUUAUUUUGGAAGAAGUUGAAAUGUUAGAGUCUUUUAAUCUCUUAAGAUUACACUGAAACCAUCCAUUGGCCAAACAGCCAGUGAAACGUGACUCCAUUAUUGUGUAUAAACCCAAUAUCUGUCUUUUCAAAGCACUAUAUGAUCAGUUAUCAAACACAGUGAUACAGUUGGAUAUUCAGUAUGCUGUAAUGAUCUUCCUGUACUGUAGUGGUAUGUUUGAUAUGUACUGUGCGGUUGGGAGAACAGCUGAAUAUGUAGCUAAUUCACUGAAGAAGAACAAAUGAGCAUUCAUGAGACAAUAUAAAAUUGUAUUAGAUUUACUUGGGUCUGGAACCAGCUGCUUGCUUGACAUCUGAUAGUAUUUAUUCAUGCUUUGAAGGAAAAACUGUGAUGCAUCAAAAAGUGAAUAAUUUUACACUGCUAUUCAGUCAACCUGACUGUACUUCCCUUUAGAUUUUUACUAUUUCACUCUAACUGUGGUGUAUGUUUAUAAACUCUGUACACUUUACUGGUAAAACUACUACUAAUAAUAAGGUUGACUGUUAGCCAUUUGCACAUAUAUUUUGUUUCAUGAUGAAACUUUUUCAUCUAAGCAUUUUGGAAUAAUUGUUUUUUCUCGUUUCCUGUUUUACUCAGUUCUUCCAGAUGAUGGCAGUACAAUCUCUUUUUAAACUAUUUAUUUAUUUAAUGUUGUUUUUCAUGAUAUCACAUUAUUAAGUGAUUGAUUACCAUUUGAUAUAUUAUCAAAUAACUGGUAUGACUUUAUUUACACUUUAUCUAGUAUGUUUUAUGUCAGAGUCGUUUGUUAUGUUUCUGCACUGAUAGCGUUCAUUAUUUCAAAAUAAACUACUGAGUUCGGUUAUUUGCAAAGUAAUGUACUGCAAUACAAAAUACAGCACAAAUGCAAGUAUUUGUAUUGGCGUUUUACAGUAGGUCAUAAAACUAAAUGUUUGAUUUGUCGUCUCUCCCUUGUCAUGUGAACUUCUAUCUGUCAGCUUUUAUGAAUAAAAAUUCAAAAAUAGAAUGACUUGAUUCUUUUUAUCUCAUAAUUAUUUAACUUUUGAUCAACUGAAAAGAGUUUGGUUAAGCCAUGAGUAUGGAGACACUCUGUGUGCUGCAGUGUGACUUUAUGUC